CCGAGUCAAACUUUGCCUUGAGUGUGCUCCCAGCUUUAUUCAACAGAGAUGAACCCAUUUUUGUAGAGUUCAGCUGCUUGCCAAUCAUGGGCACCACCAACACAUUCACCUGUGGACAUAAUGGGAAAAAAUAUGAAGGUGUGCCAGCAGUAUUGGAGAGGCUUGUGGAAGGCGUGAUGCUGCUUGGGCUGCCGAUGCUUCCCUGUCUGGUUUGCACAUUUGAUUUACGAAUCCACCAAGCCUUUAACUUCACCUGCUCGCUCUGCCCGUUGACUCCAUCCCAUCGCAGACAUUCAACAAAGAAGAUCUUGGAGCAGCCGAGAGACGGAGGCCCGUCAACCUCCAGAACAUCUCCAGAGUCUUAAGAGGAUAAACAGCUGAAUAAUGCUGCAGAGCUACGACAAGCAGAAGAGAAAUGAAGCUGUUGGUCGACUGUCCAGACAGACUCACGUCUUCUGUCUGACUCAUUUCUGUGGUCGCUGACCGCAGUGACACCGUCUACACCUCAGCGAGGCCUCUGGUUGGUCCCUGAACCCACCGUCCCAUGACUGCCUUCUGCUGCACAUGUGAAUGCAGCAAAGUGAAACCAACAUGCAGACCUGCACAUACACAGCGGGUAAUUUAAAAAAAAAAAAUCCCACAGCUGAGAAGCACAUGACAACUGCAUGUAUAAAUACUGGAGCAGAGAUGUAUGUUAGCAGUCAGAACAGCUGUAAACCUUUCAUCUGUGCUCAAGAGCUCAACAAACAUCAGCCCAAACAAGAUGAAGCUCUGCGUCCUGGUCGUGCUCGGGACCCUGCUCGUCAUCAUCAACGGUAUGCCGCCGAUCAACAGGGACUACAACACACACUGUCGGUGUGUGCAGGUGGAGUCGAGGAUCAUCCCCCCCGACAACCUGAAGAGCAUCAAACUGGUCCCUGAAGGGCCCCACUGCCCCGAAACAGAAGUCAUAGCCGGACUGGCUAGUGGGGAGAAGGUCUGUCUGAACCCUCGGUCCUCCUGGGUGAAGAAACUGGUCCAGUUCAUUCUGGAGAAGCAGCUACACCAGCAGAGAGGAGGAGUUUCCAAGAAUAAGGCCUGAAGAUGAUUUUACCAAUGAAAACCAUGCCACAGUUAAAGUGGCUGCCUGCAGCAAUGAGCCACACUAUGAUAAGUAAUAGAUGACAGAAAAUAUUUAACCUAUCUUGCUGUCUAACUUAAAGAACUCAAUUUUUUACCUUCUAUUCCAGUUCCAGUUUGUGAUUGGGCUAUUUCAGCUUCUGUGGGGUUUUUCUUUUUCUUGUUUGUAAAUUUUUUUGUUUCUUACCACAUAUUUAAUACACCUUGCUUGAAUAACGUUGAUUAUGAAAACAUAUUAAAGUGUUACAUAGAAAUAAAGGUUUAAUUACCAGAAAGUAAGCAUUAUGUAGAAAAAUCAGCUGUAAUAUAAUAGCUUUAGCAAAGUUUGUAUUUAACUGUGCCUGUAAAAAGUGUGACUGUGAAGAAAGAUUGAUUGUGUGACCCUUUGAAAGCGGAUAUUGUAUGUAGCAGAGUAUUGGAAUAUGUAUUGUAUAUAGUCAUUUCUGUGUAGUCAGUUGAGAAGAAUUAAUGCUAGAAAGAAUGUCUAGAAAACCUGAUGUGAGCCUUUAAGAAAAUCUAAUAAAUACAUGCUUAAAAAGUAAAA